AUGUCACGAUUAGAAUUGUACUCCCCAGAGGGUCUUAGAAUAGAUGGUAGGAGAUGGAAUGAGAUAAGACAAUUUCAGUGUCAAAUUAACACUCAUCCUAAUUCUUCGGAUGGUUCUUCAUAUGUUGAACAAGGAAAUACUAAAGUUAUAUGUAUGGUCCAAGGUCCCAUGGAACCCAAAUUAAGGUCUCAAAACGAUGUCAAUAAAGCUACUAUAGAAGUCAAUCUUGCGGUAGCUAACUUUUCUACUUUUGAACGUAAGAAAAGGUUGAAAAACGAGAAAAGGCUAAUCGAGCUUAAGGCUACUUUGGAGAGGACUUUUGAGCAAUGCAUUAUAACCAAAUUAUACCCCAGGACUCUUAUACUGAUAAGCAUACAUGUUCUUGCACAAGAUGGUGGGCUCCUUGCAUCUAUGACUAAUGCUCUCACGUUAGCGCUUAUUGAUGCUGGAAUUGCAAUGUAUGAUUAUAUAUCGGCCGUGGGUGCUGGCUUAUAUGACCAAACGCCUUUACUAGACCUUAAUAGUUUGGAAGAGAAUGAUAUUAGUGCUUUGACUAUUGGGGUUGUGGGAAAAAGUGAAAAGUUGGCUCUUUUGAUGUUGGAAGAUAAAAUGCCACUCGAUCUUUUGGAAUCGGUACUUGCGGUUGGCAUUGCAGGUGGUCACAGAAUACAUGAUCUCAUGGACAAUGAAGUGAGAAGACGUGGGAACUUGAGAUCUCUGAAUCUUUCGAAGAGCUAG